CCCAUGGCCUUUGCCCUCAGCACCUACAUGAACCACACCGGGAUCCGGGUGCGGGACCCGCGUCCUGCCGGCGCCUCCGAGAAGGUCCCGUCCCUCCCCGACAGGGACAAGUGGCUGCCCUUCUUCCCCAAGGCCAAGAAGAGCAGCAGCUCCAAGAAGGACAAGGAUGCCCUGGAAGACAAGAAGCGCAACCCCAUCCUCAAGUACAUCGGGAAGCCCAAAAUCUCCUCCCAGAGCACAUUUCAUGUCCCUUUGUCCCCUGUCGAAGCAGUCAAACCUGGGAAUGUGAGGAAUAUUAUCCAGCACUUUGAGAACAAUCAGCAUUACGAGAGCCAAGAGCCUGGCACCCAACGCCUCUCCACGGGGAGCUUCCCAGAGGAUCUCCUGGAAUCAGACAGCUCCCGUGCCGAGGUCAAGCUGGGCCGCUCCGAGAGCCUGAAGGGCCGGGAAGAGCUGAAGAAAUCCCGGAAAGCCGAGAACGUGCCGCGGUCCCGGAGCGACGUGGACAUGGACGCGGCGGCCGAGGCCACCAGGCUGCACCAGUCGGCCUCAUCCUCUGCAUCCAGCCUGUCCACCAGGUCUCUGGAAAAUCCCACUCCCCCCUUCACCCCAAAGAUGGGUCGCAGGUGAGUGACAUCCCCCCCCUUGUCUCUCCCAAACCAUCCAGGAUUGCUCCAG